AUUCUUCCUCCCUCGUUUUGUCUCUACAUGUAUUCCUUUCGUUCGGCAAGAGUUGCCUGUCCAUCCCAAUUUGUUAGUCAAUGUCUAGGCGUCCUAUUGCUUGCUUAAGCCGAUCCUUGCGCUAUCGACCUGUCCUCGCCACUGUUCGCACCCAGAGCACUAGGGUGCCAUACAAUGCGAUACCUGAAAACCCCGAAGACCCCAUUGAACAGAAAUUCACGGGAUAUUUUAGACGUCUGCAGUACGAGAACAGGAUGAAAGAACUGGACGACACUAGGCGCCCGAAGGAUGAUAAACGCAAGAAGCUGAGAAGCAAGGCAAGCGUUAGGGUUGGCGAGAGCACCGAUGAUAUUUUACAGACCGACGUGGAGCGAUUGAUCAAUGACAUCCAGAAAUCAAAGGCCGAGAAUGAUUCCGCGGAGGAAACCAUAACCAAAGCGACACUACCGUCACCGUUCUCAGAAAUUGAGGUCACCGUGUCAACAAUCUCAUCUACUGGAGAUGGUUUGGCACUAUCCGAAGAUGGAAGCCAUGUCUUUGUCGUUCCCUUCACAAUUGCAGGAGACAAGGCACUUGUCAAAGUUGUUAGGCAUCAAAGGGGCACUAGAUACAGCAUCACGGAUCUGAUCAAGGUUAUUCACGCGGGUCCAGAGCGAGACGAUUCGCAGAUUAAAUGCCAAUACUUCGGCCAAUGCUCAGGCUGUCAACUUCAAAUGCUACCAUACGAAAAGCAGUUGGAGCAUAAAAGGAGAAUUGUAGAGAAAGCAUAUGCCAAUUUCUCAGGCCUAAUCCCAGAACUCGUGCCAAAAAUCAAAGAUACAUUCCCAUCACCACUACAAUAUGGCUAUCGCACCAAAUUGACUCCUCAUUUUGCUCUCUUCAGCGGACGUGCAAGGAAAGAAUCCUCCGAGCCAGCAAAAAAGAUGGAAGUUCCGCCAAUCGGGUUUAAUAUUAAAAACCGUCGCACGAAUAUGGACAUAGAAGAUUGUCCUCUAGGCACUGAUAUUGUUCGAAAAUUUCUGAAAAAAGAAAGAAAACAAGUAGCUGAAAAUAUUGACUCAUAUACUGAUGGAGCUACGAUUCUACUUCGUGAAUCCACGCACCGAAUAAAGAAAGAAGACUGGAAACCGAAAGACAGCGAGUCUAGUGAUAUCAUCAUCACCAAAGAACACCCUGACUACAUUGAAGAGAAAACCUGUGUAACGGAUCCCAAUGGAUACUCGGUGGAGUACAUCGACGACUACGUUCUAGGAAACAAAGCCGGAGCUUUCUUCCAGAACAACAACUCUAUCCUUUCCGGCUUCACGGAAUACAUUCGUCAGCAAGUUCAUUCGAAGGCGCUGAAGGAGGGCGAGAAACCAAUCAAGUAUCUCAUCGACGCGUACUCAGGAUGUGGACUUUUUACAGUGACGCUUUCAAACGUCUUCAAAUCCUCUCUAGGCAUCGACAUUGACGGCAAUUCCAUCUUAUGCGCACGCGAUAAUGCGAAGAAAAACAAUCUGCCAAACACAGGCUUUGCCGCCGCCGAUGCCUCCCUGCUAUUCAACAGAGUUCCAUACCCGGCAGAUGAAACAUUCCUAGUCAUCGAUCCGCCGAGGAAGGGCUGUAGCGAGGAUUUCUUGCGACAAUUGUUGGAUUAUGGCCCGCGACGCGUGGCCUAUGUGAGCUGCAAUGUUCAUACUCAGGCUCGUGAUAUUGGGUACUUAGUCCAGGGGAAUGCUUCCAGUGAUGUCCGAUAUGAAAUUGAAAGUAUCCGUGGGUUUGACUUUUUUCCUCAGACAGGUCAUGUUGAGGGCCUUGCGAUUCUCAAUAAGGUAUAGGAACAAAGUGGCCAGAGCGCUUGACCGAAUGUCUUACUUUGUAAAAUAUUAAAUUACUUCUAUUCUUGCGAAGGUUCUUUUAAUCUGGGGUUUAUAUAUUAUAGAUCUAUCUUCAACUCAUAUUUGGAAAUAAUCAG